CCAGCCUGCCUAUCAAAUGAGAAUAUCAUAUGAAGUACCAUCCGAAUAGGCGCCAAAUAGCGUGUAUGCAAAGAUGACAAAUGGCAUCACCCCUGUGACGGACGUUCUUCCUGCCUGUGACCUGUGCCAUGCCAGAAAGGUCAAGUGUAAUCGGCAAGCGCCAUGCGCCAACUGCGCAGACGCCGGUGCGAUGUGUAGACGCCAGCGCGGUGGACGUACAUCGAAGAAGAGAACCCUUCAGAGCUUUUUAAGCCCCCAGGAAACCAUAGUCGACUUUGACAGACAGAUGUCCAGAAGACAACGUCCAAACCCUGGCCGCACACUCACAGACUGUAGCCCUCCUAGACAGUCUGAGUAUCCAGAUUCAACUUCAAUAGCUAGGCCUCCCUCUCCUGAUGCUAUCUCAACGACAAGUGACGAAGGGUCGAACUAUCAUGCAAUCCAGGCAAAGAACAUCAUACAGAUAGAUCUUCAGAACCCUCGCUUUAUCAGCCGCGAGCAACAGUCAAUACUAAAAUCGGCUCUUGAACUUGUGAGCACCAUGGCCAGCCAUCAGCCGCCCACAGCCCUGGAAGAAGGGAGCCAUCUGCACGACCCCCCUGGUACUAUUCCCAAAGUACCACCGCGUGAGCUCUUAUUCAUGCUUCUUCCUGGCCCGCCGGAAUCUGUGCGUAUACAGUGGCCAGAUCACAUAUCCGACAAGGCCUAUGUAAGGAUGGCUACGCCCCUACUACAAGACCGAUGCCAGCUCGAAGCCAAGACGUUCCACCAGUACUGCAUUUGCAUCUACGUCAAAGCCAUUUUUCAUAUAUAUCAGGUAUCACGAUCCAUGAACGACCUUGUUCUCCGAAAGGAAAUGUCGGAAUCCAGGUCCAACUAUGUAGCGGCAGCAAUGCGCAGCAUUGAGAACUUCAACAUACUCAAACCCCCAGAUCUCUUGACCAUCCAAUCAAUGAUGUCUAGUGCACUGCUCAUGCAGCACUUAGGGAGACCACACCAAUGUUGGCUCUUUGUCUCAUAUGCCGCCCGACAAAUCACUGCCCUCAACUAUCACAAGAUCCGUAGACUGCCAGCAACCUCCGAGGUGGAGCAAGAGAUUCACAGUGUCGUCUACUGGUGCUAUUAUCUUGACCAGACCUUGAGUUCUCUGCUCUGUCGGCCCUCUUCGCUACCCGACCUCGAGGUCUCUCCUACCGACCUGAUCACAUUAGCACCGUCGUCCCCGUACGAUAGUCUUUUACGGGUUAUACUUGAUCUUGCCCAAGUCCAGGGCAAGCUACGGGCAAUCUCUUGUGGUAACAAAAUCCACCCCACCGAUAGAACUCUAGAGACAUGCCAGCUCCUCGAGGCCAAAAUGCAGGCCAUCCUUCCACGUUUGCAGGCGAAUCGUGAUUGUCAUCCCAAAAUGGUCCAGUAUGACUGGGUCGGCGUGGACUUUUGCUACUACGCCAUAUUUGUCGAGAUCCACCGUACCCGGCUGAAAAGGGCAUUCAGCCCAAAGGUUCAUCAGGAAUGCCUCAUCGAUGCGCGCAAGUCGCUCCGAGCUUUCCACUUCCUUCAGCAACACCCCGCCGAGCUACCUGGGUUUGAUGAUCCCUAUCCUUCGUUUUUGACAUGGACCCUAUUCCUCUAUCCCCUGAGCGCCUUCUUUGUCGUCUUUUGCAACAUCAUCGGCACUAAGGAUCAGAAUGAUUAUGAGCUCAUGGGCCGGAUCAUCCAACGUCUGGAGCCGUUCAAGCAGGAUCGCCACCUAGGCAAGCUCCUGAACCUGCUGCAGUCGUUGGAGCGUCUCUGUGAGCCCCUUUUCCGGACAACUGGUGAUGGCGUUGUUUCUGGCUCCGAAGUUGUCGUGCCUGACGGCGAUGCAUCAGUGACAUUCGCUGAGACCAGCGUCGACCAUGCCGACAACACGGCUUCCCUUGGCGCUUUCCACCCCGUUUUCUCCGGAGCCACUCUGGGGUCUAUGCCCGCCACCACCACGACCACCACGACCGACGUGGACCCCUCUGCUGACUGGCUGAUGUGGCAGUUGUUCAAUAGCCAGGUUCCACCGGGAUGGCUGGACGAAGGUGUCGAGCCUUUCGAUGGUGGCCCGAUGUAAAGGACGGGCCAGACGAGGACAAAAUAUCCAUCCUCGGGCCAUGUUCAUGUGAUGAGGCGGUAAUCUACGUCUUCCGGGCAUGCGUCGUUGGCACAGAACGGAAGUGGAACAAACAGUCCGCAGCUGAGAAGGCCCUUGACGGGAUGAAGGGAAGACGUUUACCGACUCGGUCGGACUUCCGGCCAGGCUCGGAUCUCCGAAACCCUUGGAUCGGCCGUCAUUUUCUUCUUGAUACAAUGAAAUCAAUCCUCAUAGUGCGCAUGCAUUCAUCAACUCUUUCUACUGCUAUUUCAUCAUUACCUUCCCGCCUCGAAACCUCCCUGCACACCGUAUGUUGGAAAGAACGCUCACCUUCCUCCGCAUCAAACAUCACAAAGUCCUAAAUCUUCGAG